AUGCAUCUGAGGCAAUUGGUAUUGGCUGUGGUGGCUGUCCUCCUCGCUUGCAGUGGUGGUGCUACUGCUGACCUGAAUCGUCGCGGUUUGCUGUUGAUUGACGACGUGGAGUAUGAAGAGCGACGCAGAUCCGCUACUGGAGCCAUCACAUCGGGACAAGCAGGGAUAGUGACAACAACGACCGUCAAUGAAGACAAGGGUGGGACGGUGACUGUCACGACUUACAACGACGACGGACUGUGGCAGCGUGUCAAGAGGUGGUGGAAGAAGAUAAUCGGCCACGAAGAGCGCCUUCGUUCUGGUGACAGAACAUCUGGAAUCGGACCACGCGUAGGAACCGGAGGCACUGUUAUAAUUUCCGACAACAACAAUGGAGGGGGCACAGUGACUGUGACAGUGUUCAAUAACAACGGUCUCUUCCAAAAGAUUAAGAGGUGGUGGAAGCGGAUUUUUGACCGUGAAGCUUCGAGAUCGGCUCGUGCACUGCGAAGAUAA